AGUGCGCAGCCUCGUCAGAAAGCGGAGGCUCUUUGAGCCCAUGCACGGCUUCACGCACUCCGGAAAACUUGUGGAUCUGCCUCGCCGAAAACCGCUGUGCGGCGUAUACGUCUGCCCCACGCCGCUCCGCCUCGCCUUCUGUCUCUGAGCUUUCCAUUUUCACGGCCCGCAAGUGUUUUGCCUUCAAGUGCGUUGUCAUUCCGCAGCACCGCCACAGUGCGCGCUUUGCCGCCACUUUGUGCUUCUUUUCCUUUCCUGUUGCCGCUCGAAGGCGCCUUUCCCCCCUCUCCACGUGUACUGGACUCCACUUGCGGCAAGGGUAUGGCACGCUUGUCGCACGUCCCGAGCAGGCAUGUGCACCCCGUUUUCGGCGCCGUCUUGCCACUGCGGUGCCGGAUCUUGAGUCCGGCUGCGUCGGCGGCAGCUACUGCGCGCGGAUGGGAGCGCGGUGCGGGGAGAGUGGGGUGGAGGCCCACUGAGCCGAGUGCCCCAUUCGCAGCGAGAGCGCCGCCUCACCGGAGCUUCCGGCAGACGUCGGUGGUGCCGUUUGUGGCGGAUGUCUCCGCUGAGCGACUGUGCGGGUGCGUCCCCCGCGAGUGGGAUUGGAAGCUGGCCUUUGCGGGUGUUGCGGAUGCUGCGGUGGCCGCUGGCAGCCGUGGCCCGGCAGCUGCGUGCACCUCGUCCUCUGCGGAAGGCCACUGGGCUGACUCGGCCGCGUCUCCGUGUGCCUUUCCCCUGGCACGACGAGGGCACUGCGAGAUCCCAACUUUCCGGUGA